GUUAUCAAUUUUGACUUGAAAAGGAAGAACCCGCCAACGGAGCUUUUUCUGUCGAUCCCCAAAUUUCCGUUGAUAUAAUAUUAUUCAAAUCAAACAGCACGUAUUUUCGAAUCAUUUUUGUUGCAUAUUCAUAUAUAGCUUCAGGGAAAACCCCCUAAUUUGGGAGGAACAGGAACAAAAUUUGAGUUCUAGGGCUUUAUAUUAUCAGAUAUGGCGCAGAAGCAAGGUGGUGGUGGGGGAUUUUUCUCAUCGCUUGCUUCAAGUCUGUCCAACUUUAAGAACCAAGUUAACGGCUUGCUUGGUUACGAGGGCCUGGAGGUUAUAAACCCUGAAGGAGGGACAGAAGAUGCUGAAGUUGAAGCCCAAAGAGGCAGAUGGAAGCAAGAGGAUCGUGAUGGUCACUGGAAGAUGAUGCAGAAGUACAUAGGUGCUGAUAUCACAUCAAUGGUGACGCUACCGGUACUCAUUUUUGAGCCAAUGACAAUGCUGCAGAAAAUGGCAGAGUUGAUGGAAUAUUCCCACCUGCUAGAGCUAGCAGAUGAAUGUGAGGAUCCAUACAUGCGAUUAGUGUAUGCAGCAUCAUGGUUCAUAUCACUAUAUUAUGCUUUGCAACGGACCUGGAAGCCUUUCAAUCCAAUUCUUGGUGAAACCUAUGAAAUGGUUAAUCAUCAAGGAAUAACAUUUAUUGCAGAACAGGUUAGUCAUCACCCUCCAAUGAGUGCUGCACAUGCUGAAAAUGAGCAUUUUGUUUAUGAUAUAACUUCAAAGGUGAAGACCAAGUUUCUCGGAAACUCGGUGGAUGUAUAUCCUCUUGGAAGAACCCAUUUGAAGCUGAAGAAAGAUGGUGUAAUCCUAGAACUGGUGCCCCCUCCCACAAAAGUUAACAACUUAAUAUUUGGAAGGACAUGGGUUGAUUCUCCCGGAGAGAUGGUUUUGACCAACUUGACCACAGGAGACAAAGUUGUGCUAUAUUUUCAGCCCUGCGGUUGGUUUGGUGCUGGUCGAUAUGAAGUGGAUGGAUAUGUAUAUAAUGCUGAUGAAGAACCUAAGAUAUUGAUGACGGGCAAAUGGAACACAUCUAUGAGCUAUCAGCCUUGUGAUUUGGAUGGGGAGCCCCUUCCAGGCACCGACCUUAAAGAGGUUUGGAGAGUUGCCGAGGCUCCUGCAAAUGACAAAUUUCAGUAUACACAUUUUGCGCAUAAAGUAAACAGCUUUGAUACAGCACCACCGAAAUUAUUGGCAUCAGAUUCUCGCUUGCGGUCAGAUAGAUAUGCACUUGAAAAGGGUGACCUGGCUAAAGCUGGUUCAGAAAAGAGCAUUCUGGAGGAGAAACAGCGAGCUGAGAAGAGGACUCGGGAGGUAAAGGGUCACAAAUUCACUCCAAAAUGGUUCGACAUGACUGAAGAGGUUGCUCUCACACCUUGGGGCGAUUUGGAGAUCUACGAAUAUAACGGGAAAUAUACUCAACAUCGGGAUGCUAUUGGCAACUCAGACACGAACGAGGAAGCAGAUGUCAUGAAGACAGAGUUCAACCCUUGGCAAUAUGGUAAUGUUGCUGAAAUGGAGUGAGUGAUUUUUAUGCAUGUUGGUUCUUUUAUUUGUUGUUGAAAAUCAUACUUGCAUAAAGCUGAAAUGCCGAAUUUUGGUUACAUGGCAUUUGGGUUUUGCAACUGUAUCCGUUUUUUCUUCUUUCGAUUUCGUACAAUGUAUUGUCGAUAGAUAAUGUUAAUAUUUAAUGGUGUAAGGACAUCAACCUAGUUUAUUUUAUGUAAGGAAUGUCAAGUUAUAUUUAUGUAUGUUUAACAUUUGUUAAGGUUAGUUAAGAUAUUUUGAGUUUC